AUGGUGAACUGGCAUUCUCUCAAGGAGCUCGCCACGGAUACCGUUGCUUUCCAGAAUCUGGUGCAUUCGCUCCUCGGGCUGUAUUUAUGGGAGUUCGUUACCUCGCUUGACUUCGACUGGGAUAUUAUAAAGGGCAAGAAGAAGUUUCGGUGGCCAUUGGUAUUCUACUUCGCGGGGCGCUACCUGCUUCUGUUCUCGAUGAUAGGAAUCGCUAUUGCUAUCGAUACGAAGAAUCCGUCCAUGGACUGUCAGGCGUUGUACACCUUCAAUCAGCUGGCGGGCAACUCCGCGGUGGGGCUGGCUAGCAUCAAUCUGUCUUUGAGGACUAUCGCUCUGUGGAACCAAAAAGGCACAAUCAUUGCGCUCCUUCUUCUGAUUAUCCUCGGUCACUGGUCCCUGAUAUUACAAGGUGAAUUGCUGCAAGCUGAAUAUGUGCACGGCUCUGGCUGCGUUAUCACGAAGACCAACAACACGGUCCUCGCGGCAAUAUUCAUAUACUCGAUGGGUUUUGAUUUCACGGUGCUAAUGCUCAGACGACGCGGCAAACUCGUAACCAUGUUGUUCAAGGAUGGUCUUAUCUACUUCAUUAUCGCGUUUCUGUCCAAUUUGGUCGCAACAAUAUUCAUGGUCCUUGAUUUGAACCCCAUAAUGAACAUCAUUUUCAACGUCCCAGCUGCUGUAGCGAGCACGAUCGUGGCGUGCCGAGUUGUUAGGCGAUUGGCGAACUUUACACAUCAAGAUUCCGAUGCGUUGUAA